AUGAGUGAUCAAUAUAAAAAUGACAUUGAUCGAAUUUAGAAACUAAUUGUAUCUAUUAAAACUGAUAUCAAUAAAAGAGAAUAAAAAAAGAAAGCAGGUUAAUAGUUUACCAUAAUUGAGGGUGAAAUUAGAGGUCAAUUAACAAAUUUGGGUACUAAUCUACUUAAAGAAUUUAAGAUCGUGAAUUAGUGCUCUUAGGUGAUCUGAUGAAACUUUAAGAGAAUACCUUGAUGCAGAAAGAAUAAGAGAAGCGUAGGAAUUAAUUAUAAGAGUUUAAGAAUUAAAGGGACUUAAUCUCUGAGCAAUUUAAGAAAGCUGUUCUUGAAACAAAAUAAGAAUAAUAAAUAGCUCCAAAAUAAUUGGCUGAAUUAAGCAAUAUGACAAAUAAAGAACUUUUCAAAAAUCAAAAGGAUCUAUAAUAAGAAUAAGAUAAAUUAUUAGAUUCGACCAAUGAACAAGUAAUUUUUUAUAUUAAUCUUUAAGGCAAUCGUUUUAAAGUAUUAAGGAUAGAAUAUAAAUCAAACAAUUAACCAAUAAAUUAUAGACCUUAAUAAAUUAAAUGAUGAUGUAGAUAAAACCAAUAAAAAUAUGACAUUCGUUAAUUCAAAAUUUGCAUCAAUAAUCUAAAAGUCUUCAAAUUGUUGGCUCAUAAUAAUAAUUGUGAUUGAAAUAGUUUUGCUCCUCUGUUUUAUCCUUUUCCUUUGA